CCCAUAAUUUCCAUGAAAUGUAACUAUAAAGACUCUCGCUCUUAGUGCAGGGUGUAGAGAUCACGAGUUAAACCUGAACCGUCUCGAAAUGAAAUGGACUCUGGUCUUUUUCUCUUUGAGCCUGGCAGUAGGCGGUGUAUACGGUGACACAACUGUGACGAUCCACCCUCAGUGGUUGGCACAGGGAGGUAGUGCUCGCUAUGACAGUAACAGGUGGAAUAAGCACAAUAGUCUGGAUAGCACAUCCCUCAUUCCCAACUGCCGGAGCAUUCGGACGGAUAGUGGACGAUGGAAUAACAGAGAUUAUAAUGCUCGCCUUUUCCAAGACUGGCCAGAGGACCCAAACCGCAGUGGCUACCCAGACCCCAACCAUCUGAAGAACGUCACCAAACAGCAGGAAAUGUUCUCCAAGUACGUUGAGAACAUCAACAGUGGUUAUGAGAACGACAUGAUCAUGAUGUCGGAAGGUAUUUACUACCCGAGUUGGAUAAACAAAUCUGAACAUGAAGGUCAAUUCCCAAACAAUGUCGAUGCUGCUGCAGAGUUCAUGAUGUUGAUGGUGCAAGGAGUUUAUGACUACACAAAAGGACAGAUACCACACUACUUUGAGUCCAUCAAUGAACCGGAUGGUAAAUGGCGUAUAUUAAAUUUCACGACUGUUGCCAAAUUUCACAAAUUAGUUGCUGAGAAGCUCCAUGCGAGAUUUAACAUCAAAGUGUCCGGUCCUACACUUGACGGAGAAACUGGGGCGGCGGAUGUAAACAACUUUUUGUAUUGGCAAAAAGUGGCCAAUUUCCUUGACGUAACUUUAGGCUAUAUAGAUGUAUUUUCGUUUCAUUCGUACAACUCACUCAUUGUUUCGGGGAAAUCACACAAUCUUACUGGCAUGAAUGAAGCACGUCUGGUAGCAUUUGUCGACCUGGUUGAGAGCUAUGUCUUUCAGAAGACUGGAAAGAUUAUCCCCCUUGUUAUCAGUGAAUAUGGACGUGACAUCGUGAUAGGAAUUGACAAAUUUGCUCCAUCGGGUAUUGUAGACUUUUCAACAAUAUACCACUCCAAUGCCCACCGAUUCACCCAACUCGGUCUCAGAGAAUACAUUGACAGAGCAGUGGUGUUUCUAAUAGCCAAUGAAAAAUAUCCAGGACAUGAUAGCCUCAACUGGUCACUUUUCACUCUUCAAGGAAACGCCACGCGUAUUGUCGACGUCUUCAAGUUUUGGUACAAAUUCACGUCAGGCUACUCCUUUAUCAGAACUACCAGUCAGUAUGAUGGAGAGGAACGAACGGUGUCGCCGUUAGCAAUGUCCAGUACACUGAAUAACGAAACCGUCAUUCUCUUGCAUAGCUAUUCUCAGAAGUCACAGGCGGUCAAGUUAGACUUUGAAGGCGACUGGAUCAAACCAACCACUGGAGAAGCUACUUGUAUCACCAUCAAGGACGACUGGUACCCAGUCAUAACCUUCAACGAACCCAUCGACAUCCAAAAGACACAAGGAAUGGUUGAACUUUCCCCCGAGGCAACAUGUCAUUUCACAUUCAAGACCCCUUCAAACACACUGCCUUCAGUCACACUCAAGGAAACUACAUACUACGGAGCUGAUACACUUAUACCAAUCAAGGGAAAUACGGUAUUGACAGUAAUAUCUCUACCAAAUGGUCAAUAUCACAGUGCAAGACUGAGAGUUUCAACCAGUUGGCCGAUCAAUGAAACAAACAAUGUAUCCUAUCUUACCUUCAACCUCCACCCCCUUGACUCUUUCUAUAAGCUGUAUGAUUCCGACAAGUUUAACAGCACCACCUACUGGGAGGUUUGGGAGUUUGCUGUUCCAACCCCCCUCUUUGUCACGGGGCCUAACCUGGUGCAGGUUCACUUCUCUAACGACAUGACAGCAGGAUAUGUUUCUUCAGUUGCUCUUGUCACAGCCAAGCUGGUCCCUUCUGAUUUGAAGUAAUGAUAAUGAUCACAUUUCUGACGAAUUCCCCUAUUUGACAUCAAUAAACAAAUUAGAUCAAGGUUGCAUUGUUUAGAUAUUCCCAGGUCAUGAGACCAAAUAAAUGUUUAACAACA